UUCAUUUCAGCUCACUCGAGUAUUCAGAAGAUUAAUAAAUAAUUUAGACGUAUCUGCGCAUGAUGAACAUGAACAACAUACUCAAUAUCAAAGUGAGUAACAUUACCAACAGCACCGAUACCCGAUCGAUCAACGCCAGAGUGUUUAUCGGCAACCUCAACACUGGGAUUGUCUCCCGAGAGGAGCUGGAACAUAUUUUCAGUAGAUAUGGCAAGAUUUAUGGACUCUCUGUGCACAAGGGUUUUGCAUUCGUACAGUUCGCCAAUGAGCAGCAGGCACGCAAUGCCGUUGCUAAUGAAUAUGGGAGAAUAAUUGCAGGACAGCCAUUAGAUUGCAACAUGGCUGGUGAGCCAAGACCAGACAGACCAAAAGGCAAGAGAACUGUUGCACAAGCUGUGCAGGGCGGUGAUAUAUAUAGCCUUGCACCUGAUAUGUAUAUGGAAAGUCCUACAGAUGGUCUACAGAGUGCAGCUGUUGUUAGCUACACAGAUAACCCUGACCUUUAUGAUCCUUACCACAGACCAUUUGGACCACGUGUACCCCCGACUACGCCGUCAAUGCCACCAGCGAAGAGAGCAAGGCGUGAGCUAGCUCCUGUCACAAGGGCCACUGCCGUGAGAAAACUACAAGUGCAGCAAAAACAACAGUUUCAAAGCCAGAGCCAAAUGCUGCAAACCCAGGUGACCCAGGACCUGAUAUUUUGAUAUGUGGGAGUUGUAAAGAUCAGUUUGUCGAAUUGUUGGAUUUACAAGAACAUAAAAAUCAAGGCUGCCAAUUGAAAGCUGCAUGUCGUUGUUUUGCUUCUAAAGAAGCAGAGCAAAAUGACUCGGGCAACCCUGAGCCAACCGCAUGGGUGUGUAAUACUUGCAAAGAAUGUUUCUCUUCUUGUUGGAUAUUGAUGUCUCAUGUACAGAACAAACACGACUUACAAAUAUACGUAGAAAACCCAUCGGUACAAGAUUCUAAAGAUCAAAAAGAGAAGCAGAAUGAUGCAGAGAGUAACCAAGGAGAUAACAAUAAAACUGCUGAGAAUGAAACCCAAGAAGAAAAGCAAAACGGACAAGAUUCACAGGAUGCUGAUGAUGUCUUAUUGGCUGAUGAUGGAGAAAUGGAAAACUGAAUUGACCAAUCACAAAACACUUGCAAGACACAUGACCUUGAAUAAACCUUGGCUUUGAUUUUGUGUUGUUUAUAAAAAUCACAAUAUCUCAUUUGAAAGAUUCCACAUGUUUUCAGCAUUAUUUGUGUGCUGUGUGUACGUAGCAAAAGAAUUGUACAGAAUGAAAGAUUUUUUCUGUGCGUGUUUAUGGAAUUGUGAUGGUAGAAAGGGAUUCAUAAAAAUUACUUUUAAUUGACCAAAUACCAGUAUUAAAACACAUAUCAUUAUAGAAGGCCUAUGUCUAGUUACAUCAGCCAUGAUUGGCUAUUCAAACUUAAUGGCCAAUAAUCAAUUUUAUCUUUGCUGAUGGUAUUUGCUGCAUUUGAUAAAUGUCAGAUUCUUCCUGGUACUGGUUGAUAGUUCAGAUUCUUCCCCGUACUGUUUUGAUCAAACAUACAAAAACAAAGGUGUGUCCCACCAUUGAAUUUGAUUUGUAAAUAAUUGCCUGUAGCGAGAGAAUUAUUAUGUUUUUGCCAAAUUGCAGCUUUCAGGGUUCAAUAGUUCAAAGAUUACAUAAUACCUGCAUUUCUUUCUACCAUCAUAAUUCUCUUCGUACGACGAUUUAUGUAUAGCGUUUUGCAAAGUUAUCUUUCAAAAGUUGAUAUAACUUGAAAUAUUGUAGAGCGCCCUCAAUGUGACUUGAAUUUAUUUAAAGCUUACUCUUGUUUUCAUGCAAAUUACAAUUUUACAUAUUUUGAAUGGAGACUGAAGAUUACACUUCUAGGUGUCUGGCAUAUCAUAUCUUUUUACAGUAUUCGGUAUGUGGUAGGUAUUAUCGGAUACUUUAUAUAGUGUGUGUAUUAGUGUCAAGUGUCGUGUGAAUUAGUGCCUUAAAAUUACACUGCAGGAUGAGCUGUGCAACAGAUUCUCAAAUUUCUGACAGUUUUCACAUUAUAUUGAAUCAGAUGAAGACAAAUUUAUAAAAUGGACCAACAAUUUCCAAAUUCAUCAAAUAAUGUCUUUGUUUACUUGAAUAAUCAAUUUCAUGGACAAUCUGUUGUGCAUUUGCACACCCCUUCAGAUUUAAAAUGAUAUGAUCCACAAUCAGUGUACAGUACUUCACACAUACAAAAUUGGUUCAUGUUUAUUAUUCAUAUAGGGUAAGGCAGCUUGAUUUAUGAAUGUGUUCACUUGUUUGACAUGUUUUCUAAUACCUUGCAUUUGGUCAAAUUCAAAUACUAUGGAAGUGACUUUAUAUCAGUUUUAGAAUGUCAUCCCAGAAUGUAUAUUUUUGUGAUUGUAUGCUUUUUUUUUUUUCAAAAUUUUUUGGGAGAGGAUCGUUAUUUAGAGAAUUGUAUAUGUAUGUACGUAGAUACAAAUUAUGCAUGAUAUCUUUGUUAUAAAUAUUCUAAGAAUCAAAACUUAUUUUGAAAACAGGUUUAUAUUGUCAGAAUUGUGAAGUUGAUUUUCUUCAUUUUAUCGAAGAAGUCAGUUUAUUGUGUUAACUGAUCAAUAUUAUGCAUGUGUGUUCUAAGCUUAUCUUGUGUGCAUAUUAGUUUCAUGUUUAAAAAACACAUUUUUUUUUCUUUCAAAAACUCAUAAAUGCCAAAAACUCUUAAUUUCACAUUUCGUGAGUUAGGGGAACUAAGAUAGCACCCUCAAAUUAUCAAAACAGUGAAAAUUAAACUGUUGACAAUAACAUCAAAUCACUGGAUGCACAAUUUUAUGACAGAAAAUUUAUGGAUAUUUUCUAUUUUUGUUUUACCUCCCAUUGAAGUGUAAUUAGUUUUUUCAACAUCUAUCACAAUGUUAUGACACAAGUCAGGAUAGGUUUCAGUGAUGUGUAGUAUUUUUGUUUGAGUAGGUCAUCAAAUCUAGUCUAUUGUACUCGCUACAGUAGCCCUCCUAAAUUGGCACAUGCAAUGUAAAUGUUUGAAUCGAAGUAUCUCGAAAUUAUGAAUAUUAUCAUUUGGUGCAAAUGUGGGUAUCAAACAAACCUACACAAUUUUCUGACAUCACACCAGAAACUUGCAAAUUGUCUAUUAAAAUUCCCAGUGAAUUUUCACUCAUUUAGACAAGAGUAUUUCUUUUUUGUCAAACAAUGGUAUCUGAACAUAAAAUGCAAUGUUUAACACUUGUUACCAGUAUCAUGGUUUUACUCGCAUGAUAAAUUACCAUGACACUAAUGAUUUGUGCAUUUGAUGUAACUAAUUUGGCUGACGAGAAAUGGUACUGACUUUUUUGGGGGGGGGGGGGUGUUGUGGAUUAUUUGAUAUUUGCCUUUGGAAGGGAUCUCUAUUAUAGUUAGUUAGUUUCAGCCAACAGGGAUUUGGCCUAAUGGGGAAAGAGAAUUUUUUUAUAUGGUGACUUAGUCUGUAUUCUCAACAAACUUUAUCUACUUAGGCUUUGUGCACUUAAAUGGAAAGAUCUGAUUGGCCAAUUUGUACCAGGUGUGUGAAUGCCAAGUUCUGAUUGGUUGAGGCAUUUUAUAGCAAUUUUAAAUAUAAACAGUUCUAUUAAAACUAUUCACAUUUGGUGUCUGUAUUUUUUGAAGGGAAUUAAUUAUAUUGUUACAAAGCA